CCCUUUUGUUAGUUCAACGUUAACAUUCGAAUAAAUAAUACGUAUUUUUUUUUAGAACGGUGACGUGAUUUUGAAACUAUUUUACAAAAUUAAAAACAAAUCGAUCGUCGAUACCGCCAUUUUAAAAUUAAAUAGAUUAAAAACAUUCCAAGUUUGAAAACCGAUAAACAAUAUUACUAAAAAUAUUUUAUGUUUUGUUUAUUUUAAUAUUACUAGCCAGUUAGAAAUUUGUGCGACUAUGGCAAAAGUGGUGAUGUUUGGUGUUCUAGUGUUUUUGGCAACGAAUGCUGUAUUUGGCAAGAUCAUAAACAAAAGGAAGUGCCCUGAAGUUAGAGCAGCGCCGCAUUUUGAUUUGCCGCAGAUGCUUGGCGAUUGGUACGUGGUAGAAUACUACGCAAGUGCUGAAGAAGCUCUGGAAUACAGUUGUAUGAGAGCAGUAUUCACCCAAGACGACCACAUCCCCGCAGCUGAUGGAUCAGUGGAAUGGACUCCAGGAGUGACCAUGAACUUCACGUACCGCUUCGCUGACGACCCUCUCGGGGAGAACCUACUCGGCAACAUCACUUGGAGGGUAGACUUGAACGAGCCGGCGCAUUGGACACAUGCUGAAAGCACGUACGAUGGUAUCUACAACACAUACGUGCUAGACACGGAGUACAAGACCUGGGCUCUGCUGUUACAUUGCGCUGAGCAGAGGGAGGGGGCACGGUACCUCAGUGCCUUUGUGCUCUCCAGGAAGACCACACUGCCCAAAAACGUCAUGGCUUACUUGAGGGAUAAGCUGCCGAGAUACGACGUGGACAUCCAAUAUGUGUUCCCGAUUCCUCACGAGAACUGUUCCUCUAGAUCUGCGAAGCCCGACGACUCACCAGCAUUAGUAGCCUUCGACUCCAACGUGGCUAAAAGACCUGGUAUUAGCUACAACAUUGGCUUUGGACGUUGACAACAUAAACAUGACGAGAAGAAUUUGUGGAUUUAAUAAAUACAAUAAAAAGUCUGUAAUAUUGCCGUAGAUUGUAUUUUUUCAGGAAUAAUUUAAAAAUUGUAUAUACUUAGGGCGCGCACAGGCCAAAGACACUCGAUCGACCACGUUGUCUCGGCGCCUACCAGCAGCAAUAUAGUAUUCUUGCUGACAUCUUCUAUAGGACUACGAUGUCUUCGUCACACCGAUGACGUCAGUGAUGACGUCGAUGACCUUGUGACAACUGGAUUUUGUUGUGAAACAAAAUCCAGUUGUCACAAGGUCAUCGACAUAGUCAAUACGUCGAUGACGUCAUCGAUCAAGAGGCGUCGGUCUGUAAGCGCCUUUAACAUAGUGUAAUCUGAUUACUUUGUAAUUAAAUGUUACCUGCCAUUUU